AUGAAUACAUCAAAAAUUAGAGGCCCUCGAACCAAAAGGCUUGUUAUGAUAACUCCUUCUGAUUCUCAUUUCUCCAAAGAAGAAGAACUCUUUGCAAGACAAAAUUUUAAUUAUUUCGAUAUAGAAGGUACAUCUGAGAUUGAUAUGGAAGAACUCCCUAGCUUAUUGAGAAGAAUGGGACUUUCUAUGGAAAAAGCCCGUCUUGACAAGUAUAGCCCAGGAACCCCUUUAGAUACUGAGAACUCCCUGAGUUGGUUCUCCAAAACAAGUUUACGAAUAAAACUGGGAGAGUUACUCAACAUUAUUCCAGCCCAGGACAAUCUAAAAGGGUUCCUGGGCUAUACUAUCGCAUGUUCUUUGGGCCUAAUCUCGAAACCCUCGAGCAAACAAUAUCCUGGGAUCGUUUCCUUAUCCUGUUUAGCAUGAUAAUGAGGAAUCAGUUACCCGUAACUCCUAUAUAGAUAUUCCGUCUGAAGCUUGUGAACCCAAAUAGAGAAGUGGACUAUAUUAGCUACGCACAAAGAGCUCUAGAUGACGCAAUCUCGAUUUUUACAGAGCUGGAUAUUAAUGAAACUGGAGUUUUGGGUUAUGCUGAGUUAAAUGAUAUUUUCAACUGUUUGGGACUGAAUGACCCUUAUAAGGAUAAUUUCAAAACGUUUUUGGACAAACAGUUUGAAAAAUCUAAUAAGAGGCUUGAUGAAAAGGUGGAUUUUGAUGAGUUUGUCGAUUUCUAUAAUAACUUAUUAGACUUAAUUUACUAA